AUGGCAGAUCCUGCGGUUGCCAAUAAUGCUGCCCUGAACGGAAGCAUGAGGGAGUUCCCGGUCAAGUUGAAUCUCCAGUUGGACAUCCGGAGCCGCGACCCAGUCUCGCGUACAUACGUCAGAAAUGGUGUCACCUGGUUGGUACCGUUUUCAGGAUUCUCAAUAUUAUCUCUUCAGGAGAGUUUCGUCGAGAAUAUUUCAACGCGAUAUUGGAAUCAAGACCAUUCGCUUGUUGCUCUCCUGUAGCGAACUGCCCGAAAAGAAGGCGUACUUGGUGAAAUUUGCAAUGUCGAAUGAGAACGUAUUUGGACAAGACCCACCGCGGAAUGUUCAACAGGCGGUUUUCGACAACGACCGUCGAAGCGUUAUCAUCCCGGAUGCCUUCAUCUUUGCGUCCUCGAGGUACGCCAAUGCAGCGCUAGUCUAAAAUCGAGGACCGAAGCGAAAAAAUUGAGGACGUUUCAUACCAACGAUGAUUCAUACGAGGUCGAGGACAUGGAGCGAGUCGCUGAAAAUCGCCUCGCCUCCAUGGAAAGAUGGAAAGACUUCCGCUUUCCGGGGUGGUGGCUUUUGGAUGAGUCGACGGAAAAAUGAUGGUGAAAACUGUAAGAAAACAGUAAAGAAUGGCACAGAAAAUAAAUUUACAGUUGUUCGGUGAGAAUAGGCACGUUUCCCGACUCCUCGAUUCUUUCUUUCGGUUCUCGAUCCUUUUUUCGGUCCUCGAUUUUUUCGCUUCGGUCCUCGAUUUUAGACCAGUGCCCGCAAUAAUGCUCGCUUCAAAUUGUAUCGAAACUAAUUUCCUUUCAGAGAAAACGAUGGUAUUAACCGGCCGCAAAUCACGGCGCUAGUCUCGCUCAAUUCAAUCGAAGAGCUUCCGUCCUUCCAGUUCCAAAAUCAGAAGUGGCCCAAGUCAACUCACUGGGUCUCUUACGGCAAGGAAACGGGCAUUCUCAUGCGUGAAUCGGGGCUCCAGAAGAUCAAUCCGCACUACGAUAAAGUGCGCCAAGACCUGUUUGAAGAGGUCUUCUCGGUACGCGAGAUGGAGGCGUUCUUUAACUUUGCCGGCGCCUUCUACAAUCGCUGGUUCUUCGGAACCGACAAAUACCUGAUGAAUAUCCGCAAUGGAUUGAAAUUUGGAUUCACACAAGGGUGGGAAUCUUGGGACACUUUGGAGUCCGACUUGGACUUCAAAACGAGGACUCUUCUUCCCUCUUAUCAGCACAUGGGAAUUGAACCGGAAAUUCCCGGAUUUGGAGCGGUCAACCCAGAAUUGAGAAACCAUUUUCGUAAACUUCCAAUCAAAUUGGAUUACGAAGAGCCGUUCCUCGGAUAUCAAAUCAUCGAUGUGUACGACGUCUUGUCCACCAAAUGGUUAGUUAUUUCCUAUAAAGUUGAAGUAGUGAGCAUUUUAUUUCAGCCAGGUAACGUUAUACCUGGAGAAAUCGUGCCGUGGCAAUUGGCUCCUCAUGGCUGGAUUCAUUUUCUACCCGGAUGCCGGAAAACGAUUCCUCAUGGAGACUAAAGUGCAGCUUAUCGAGAGAGGUUUCCCGGUGAAGACAAUGAAGGCGACACGUGUCAUCCAUGACAAGCAGAGAACCGUCGGAUUCGUGUUCGGCAUCAUGGACGCCGAGAUGCUCGAGAAGCUGCAAAACGGCAGCUAUGAAGCAAUGACGAGCGUCUGCCGAAAGGAAACGACUCUGGCGGAUAUUCCAUGCUUCAGCGACCAGGACGUUUCAAUCGAUAUGCCCGGACUUAUUGACGGAUAUGUAGUCUGCAAAGACGGAAAAAUCGGAGUUUGUCGUGAGGUGAUUACAGAAAAGAGCAUUCCUUCAGAUUGUUAAUUCAUGCUUUUCAGUACCUCAGCAGCUACACCGAGUACUUCCGCAGUCGCUUCUACAACGACAACUUUGCGGACUGUGGAACUGAAGAGAUUUCGCUGGACGAGAGUGUGGAAUCCGUCUGGCCGGCUCUCUGCAUCAUCUGGCACCGUAGCCAGGUCAUUAACGCCGAGUACAUAUGGAGACUGCAGUUGGUGGUCAACCCGUGGAUGUGCACGAUCAUCAGACACUACAUCGAGAUGGCCUUGCUGCAAACGGAUCUGAUCGACUCGAUCGACAAGCGAGACUUUGCCGCCCAGUUCAAUAUGGAUGUGAUCAACGUGAGUUGGAGCCUAAUGCAUGCUGAACGUACAUAGUUUCAUUAUUGCAGUACAUCCUUCGUCACCCAGAAUACGCCUCCAACUUCAACAUUGAAUUCACCGAUGAGCCCCGUUUCUUGGGCAUUCCCAACGCUGAUGAACUCGACGGAGGAGACGGUACACGUGUCGUCAAAGUCGAGCCAGUAGAAGAGGAGACUGCACAGAACCUGGACCUGAGAAGAAGGAUGGAACGAGCCAAUAGAGUCAAUGCAAUGAGACAUCCGUUACGGUGGCGUGGCUGGGGGCGUGCACAACAAGAGGCCGUAGGGAAUUUUCGUGCUUUCCGAGGAAGAGCCCCCGCACGCGUUCGCAACGAUGACAAUGAAAUUAAUUGGAACCCUGCAAAUCCCCACCGUUUCUUAAGUUUGCAACAUUUCAUGAACGCUUUGGUGGCUGAACAGGCCAACAUAGGAAAUGCCGGCAACAAUGGAAAUGACGGCAAUGCUCCCGACGCUGCCGACGCUGACAAUGCUGACGAGGUCAUCGAUGUCGUCAAUGCUGACAAUGCUGAUAACCACGUGGCCAACGACGUUCCCGGCAAUAAUAUUGUCAAUUUCGUCAACGUGGGCGAUGCUGGCGACGUUCCUGACAAUGCGGCGAUCACUGACGAGGAAAGCGUCAACCAUCCCGAUGGCGAGGGCUCCAAUGUCAAUCCGAGCGGUGGUAUCAGGAGAUAUCCAAGUAGACGCAAGCGUAGCACGCCGAAGGCAAUCGCUCCAGCAGAAGAUGACGAACCAAGCUCUUCUGGCCCAAGUUCUUCGAAAAGUGAUGGACCAGACGUGCGAGGCAGACAAGCAGUGACGUACGAGGAAGCGACUGACGCAUGGGUUGACUCGCCUGGGGAAGACCCGUCCACUUCUGGACCAUCUACUUCGAACGAUGGCGAGGCGGGGCCAUCCACUUCUCAGCAGCCAUCGACUUCCAGAUGUGCUCGCAAAAAGGCCAGGAAGCAAUAA